CAGGGAGACUUUUCCGUAGAAAAAGUUGUAGUAUAUAUCCACAACCGUUUCUCCCUUCAUCUUUUUAUGCUCUCAGAGGAGGAGGAAGGGAGGGAGAGUCAGAAAGAGUUUCAGUCCGAAUUACUACUACUCUUUCCACCAUCUCCCAUCCCGAGCGGUCUUUGAAUAUCAGUCUGCGCAAUGGCGGUUACCAUGAAGCACAUGUCUCUUCUUGUGGCCACUUUUGGAUUACUGUCUUUCAUAUUUGGAGUAAUUGCCGAAAAUAAGAAGCCUGCUUCCGGGACUCCCAUAACGGGUAAAGGUGUUGUUAUUUGCAAGUAUCCAUCAGAUCCAUCUGUUGUGUUGGGGUACCUAUCAACUGCAUUUCUCUUAGCAUCAGUGGUGGUUGGAUAUGUGUCUCAAUUUUAUCCUUACAAAGGGAAAUCUGUUCCACAAUCUGUUUUCUUUCGAAAUACUUUGUUCCUUGUUUUCUUCAAUAUAGCUUUGUUUUCUGGGGGAUUAGCGUUAACCUUGCUGUUGUGGCCAACAAUUACAGAGCAGCUUCAUUUGACUCGAAAUGUACACCAGAAUCUUGAAACAACUUGCCCAACGGCAAAAACUGGGCUUUUUGGUGGUGGUGCAUUUCUUUCUCUUGAUUCAGCCUUGUUUUGGUUGGUUGCUCUUAUGCUUGCUGACAAUGCUCGAGAGGAUUACUUUGAUGAAAUAGAACAAGAUGGGAAGGGUGUCGAUGGUCAAGUGAUAUCAUCACCUGCUUAUGGUUAUGGCACUGCCUAAAACCAUCUUUUUAUAUUGGAAUUCGCACCCUUUCCUUUGGUUUUAGACUUUGGACAUUUCCCUUUUUAAAGUAUUAUUAUAUUAGCAAUGGAAUGGCAUUUCAUUGUAAAUAUUGUUGUUAAUUACAGUUUGGUUUAAUACGACUUGUAUGUGUGACAAGUAAUUAUGUAGUUUAAAUCAAAUGCGACCAUAUUUAAA